UGCACUGGCAUACCGUCUGCACAGACACCUAGUGCUAUAGGAUGCUAGUGUGCACUCGCAUACCGUCUGCGCAGACUCCCAGUGCUAUAGGAUGCUAGUGUGCACUCGCAUACGGUCUGCGCAGACUCCCAGUGUGCACUCGCAUACCGUCUGCGCAGACUCCCAGUGCUAAAGGAUGCUAGUGUGCACUCGCAUACGGUCUGCACAGACUCCCAGUGCUAUAGGAUGCUAAAGUGCACUCCCAUACUGUCUGUGCAGACAGUACUAUAGGAUGCUAGUGUGCACUCACCUAGGGUCAGAGUUGUAUCUAUACCCUAUUUCUGUGAACAAUCGUGCAUUGUGUGAUGUGCACAGGCAGGGUGGUGAUGUACUAGUUUGUGUGGCUAUACUCAGGGACAGAGUGGUAAACUCUGCACCAUCCGGCUAAAACUGUAUAGUGUGUGUGUACAAGCUGGGCACAAACUGUAUAGUGUCUGUGUGUACACAAGCCUGGUGAGAACUAUUCUGUAUGCACAUACUUGUUGUCAGAGUGAUAUGUUGCACACAUGUAGGGUAACAACUAUAUAGUGCUUGCUGUAGGAUAUAAAUAUUCACUGUGUUAUAAGCAGUGACCUGAGCUGUGUAUGGUUUGUGUGUUAAUCCGCAGGGGCAGAACUGUAUGUGUGUUCACACCCAGGAUUAGACCAAUACGCUAUUUGUUCUCUUCAUUCUCCAUUUCAGAGUAGUAUAAAGCUGCACAAAAAAGGGCAUUGAUGUGACAUGCUGAUUGUGCACAGAGACGGCGUUGGUGUGGCAUGCUGCUCGUGCAAAGUCAGAAUCAGGGUUUUAGUUUUUGCAUAUUUGUGCAUACACACGUAGCCUAAGAGGUGUACAGUUUGCACACAGAAUAGGCACUGUAUACGUUUUGUGCACACGCUGAGUAUGAAAUGUACGGUCUGUGUGCUCACAUAGCAUUAGAGGUGCACAGUAUAGGAACUGUCUGGGUACGAGCUGUACUGUUAGCACCCACAUAAAGUUUUAGCCACAUGGACUGUGUGUACAUGCAGGAUAGGAGGUGUAACUGUGUGUGCACACUUAGGGUUUGAGUUACACAACUGUAUGCACACGGAGGAUAGGAUGUGUAACUGUGUGUGUGCACAUAGGGUUUGCGACAUAGGAACUGUAUACACAUGCAGUGAUAGGAUGUGCAACUGUGUGCGCACGUAGGGUUUGAGUUACACGAACUGUAUGCUCACGCAGGAUAGGAUGUGCAACUGUGUGUGCACGUAGGGUUUGAGUUACACAAACUGUAUGCACACGCAGGAUAGGAGGUGUAACUGUGUGCGCACGCACGUAGGGUUUGAACUGUAAACACAAUUUGCAGGUCAGUCAUUGCUCUCCGUUUGAUUUUUCCCUGUAAAAAAGAAAAUAAACUAGAAGUAACAAUAAUAAAGACAUCAGAUUAA